UGUAUCAGCUACACUAGAACAGUUCAGGUUGUGGCAGCAGUGCCUGAAGUGCGCCAAACCACGGAAUUGUUGCCAUAUUCUGGAGAAUCAGUCCGUUUUCUCGGGAAAAAAGAAAAAAAAAUUGUUCGGAACGGAUUUCUGGUCCGUUGAAACAUCUUCAGCACCCAACAAAAAUAAUCUGAUAAUCCUCACACUCCCAAACUGAGGGAACAGACCGGGACCGUUGGGACUUAUAGGACAUAUUCUGUUUACCACGGCGCAAAACAAAGUACAUAAUCUUGUUAUACAUACUUGUAUUGUGGAGCAAAGGGAACGGAUGCAUUAAACGCCCCGUUAUUCAGGGUUCACUGUUAUUGCGCUUCUGUUUUGAGGGGGGUUGAGCAGCCGCACUGGAUUCAACGCUUGGGAUGCGGGAUCCCUGAACUUGUCUGCUUCUUAUCCGCCUCGUCGAGCGGACUUUUCAUCUGCAGAAUCCGAUUCGAUCAGCAUCUUCCACGGGCGUUUUGGAUGCGAUCUAGAUUCCUGGCAGUGCUAAACUAUUCAUCGAAUGCAGUUUUACUAACAGCUGACUUUCUGUCGUGUAGUGAAGGGGUGGACAGAAGUGGAUUGUGUUGAAGUUGCAUGAAUCAACGGAUCGCUCUUUGCAGAUCGCAAAAUCAGAUCGGAUAUUUGGCGUGAGGCGCGAUGGCAAUGUUGGCGACUUUUUGGAUUGUCCUGUUGGUCGCGUUAAACGCUCCAGCGGGGAACGGGCAGUCGGUGCAGACGGACCCCAGCAAGUCUGGAUUUGUGGGUGACACGGUCGAGCUGCGAUGUCUCUUCAUCAACGGCAAGCCACCAGUGAAGAUCUCUCAGGUCACCUGGCAAAAGCUGAUAAAUGGCAGCAAACAAAACGUGGCCACCGCCAACCCAGCCUUGGGAGUAUCUGUGCUGCCCCCUUUCAAAGAUCGUGUGAGCUUCAAGCACCCCGCUGUGCGCCAGAGGACCCCUUCUUCUCUUGAGGAUACCACCAUUGUGUUUACCAACCUACGGCUGUCUGAUGAAGCGGCCUACAUCUGCGAGUACACCACAUUCCCAGCAGGCAACAGGGAGAAUAUGGUCAACCUCUCCGUCUUUGCACGGCCAGUGACCAAGAUGUCGUUGACUUCACCCACCAUCGUGGCGAGGACUCCGAAACGCAAGAUGCCCGUGGCCACCUGCAUGUCGGCUAACGGCAAGCCUCCCAGCGUCAUCAAAUGGGACACCACUCUGAAGGGAGAGGCCACGUUUCAGGAAACGCGCAAUCCGAAUGGCACUGUGACCGUGCGCAGCAACUACAUCGUGUUGCCCAGCCGCGAGACCCACCGACAAAAGCUGACCUGCAUCGUCUCUUACCGCGCAGACCGCUUCACUGACAGCGUCAUACUCAACGUUCAGUAUGAGCCGGAGGUUAAAAUCGAGGGCUUUGACGGGAACUGGUACCUGAAUCGCCAAAACGUGCAGCUCACGUGCAACGCAGACGCCAACCCACCCGUCACCGUCUACCAGUGGAAACUGUUGAAUGGAUCACUUCCCAAUAAUAUUGAAAUCAAGAACAACACCUUGUUCUUCAAAGGCCCGGUGACCUACGAGCUCGGAGGAACGUAUGUCUGUGACGCCACCAAUAGCAUCGGCACACGUUCUGGAUUGGUAGAGGUCAACGUGACGGAAUUCCCUAUCUUCCCGACUCACGAUGGCCGUGAGAUCCCAUUGGAGCAGCACAGUUCCGGCAUUGCCAUUGGCGGCGCGGUUGGUGGGGUGGCCCUGCUGGCGGCCGCCAUCGCGCUGCUCGUCUUCUUCCUGCGGCGUCGCCAGCGCACCUUUAAGGGUGACUACAGCACCAAAAAACACGUGUUCGGGAAUGGAUACAGCAAAGCCGGUGGCGUGCCUGCCCAUCCCCCGAUGCCCAAGAACCUGCAGUACCCCGACGACUCGGACGAUGAAAAGAAGCCGGCUCAAAUCAGCGGGCCCGGCGGUUUCGAGGGCGGCGAUCGGGAUUUCGACGGCAACUCUGAGGAUUUGAAGAGACCCUAUUUCACCGUAGACGAAGGCGAAAGUCGUGAUUACGACGAACGGACCCUCGCCUUCCAGUACGACCCCGAGCCCGAGAUCGCCGACGACAUGGUGUCCCAAACCGACGGCUCUGUUAUUUCAAAGAAAGAGUGGUACGUGUAGAGCGGCAUGCGACGUCAAGGGGGAAAAAAAAGAUCAACGACCUUUUGCCCUCUCCUGCAUCCGACCACACCCACCCACCUCCAUCACUAGAACCCUCCCUCAAUGUGUUUAUCCUUAUCUGCACAUCCCACCCCUGACCCAGUAACCUCCGCCCCCAUCAGAGUCCAUCGGAAACAGCUGUAGAAAAAUAGCAACACGCCAUCAUCCAUUGCACAUCCACAUGCUUUUAGAUGAACCUGCUACGACAACAAGAAGUUUUCUCACUGACCGAUGCCAGUCGACAUCCAGUAUGGCUGGACAGGCAGGUCGCUUGAAAAUAUUACAGUGUAUUAUCCUUUUGUUUGUCUCAUUUUGUUGUUAUUAUAAAUGUAUUAAAUGUAUAAAAAGAGACUGUAACUGUUUUGGAAAGGGGUAUAUUGCUGAUCAUGUUGUGAAAGUCUUACACUGGAUGUACGAUUAUUUUUUUAUCUGUUUGUCUUUUUUCAAAUCUCAUUAUCAUAUUACCAUUGCUUUUACACGAAUAGUUUUUGUUCAUUUUUAUAUAUCGUCUUGCUUUUUAUAUGGAAUGUUGGUUACCUAAAAAUGUGGAACUAAACAGUAGAAGAAUUAUUCUUGCCCAAACUUGUCAAUACAAGGUCAAAGCUCACAUCAACGCUAUUGUGUUCAAUGGAAACAUCAGAUCUUAAAGGACCCUUAAUGUAGGUCAAGAACUAACGAACGAGGUCUGAAAAGGUCCGUACAAUCCAAUGGGGGGGGAAAAAAAGCAUGUGGGUUCUGACUGCUCUCCAAAAACAGUAUUUAUUUUAAGACCCGGCAAUGCUGAGAGCUGAGGAACACAUCUGCAGCGUUAGUCAUAUGCUCAUGCAGAACGGGGCCUAGACAGAUACUGUAUACUACACCCACCCAAUCUCCAUGCCAGUCUUAGUCAGUCUCCAUCCAUAGAUCCACCUCGGAUGUGCCAUCCCAUAGUGACGCUUUCCAAAAUCCAUUUCCUCUGAAACUCUUAAGACGCAAAAGGAUAAUCCUGUAGAAUGUGGUGUUGUUAUAAAGACAGGGUGUUUGUUACAGUAUAUAGAGUUGGUGAUGUGGAGUGGUCAAAAUGUUCAAUUCAAGAAUUCAAGAUCUUGUAAAUAUGAACAGGUUCAACGGUAAUGUUUAGCUCCACAGGGGAUUUUUGUGUCAACCACCAUUUAGAGCCUCUUGAUGGAAGAACUUUUUUUUUUUUUUUUUUUUCCGAGAGCAGGUAACGGUAAAGGCAUGGGUCAUGGGAAUGAAAUUGCGGAAACGUCUCAAGCCAAAGUGAAAUCAAAAAAUGUAUGUACCACUGGAUCUUUGAAAGCCUCUAUAAGGAGCAGACCUGUUGGCUACAAAUUAGUAUGUAUUUAAAUGAGUAAAAUGGCUGUUCAUCAGGAUACUGACCUUGUUUUGGCUGCAAAAUGUACAAGCAUUUUUAAUGCAUGUGUGUUUUUUUGUCUCUCUUUGUUUGGUCCAGCCUUUUGUCUCACUUUUUUGAAUCAGGGUUUGGUGUUCAGUGGUAGUUUUCCACUAAAGGAUUGUAUUUCCUAGAGAACUGCAUCCAUAUCACCCAACAGAUAAAAACCAGUUAGUGGAAUUUAUCAUGGCUUCCCCAUGAAAUAUUUAAUUCUCUUGCCUGCCUUAAACGGGACGCUGUACAAGAUGAGAGAUUAGGAUGCUGAACCGUUGUAAUCACAUAGACAAUCCAGGAGGACCUGUAAAUGGUGGAAACUCCAGAUGAACGCCACUUACUUAAGAAUUAUUGUCCAUGAGCAGGUCGGCACAGAAUCUGAUGGGCUUUUUGUUUUUCUGCAUUAAAGCUCAGAGCACCACACUCUGUUUGGUGGAUGAAGCCAUUAUCAAAAGAAUGGACUAGUUAUGGUCCAAACCGUGAGGAAAGCCGAAAAAUGCUUACAUCAUAGAUAAAGACCCGUGCACAUCUUAAUUUGACCUAAAACGGACCACAUGAUGAAUAAGUGUACAAACCUUGUGUUUUAGCUUAGUAAGUUCAAUGUGCAGCGUUAUACAAAUUGCAGUGCCUAUGACGUGUGAGAUGUAAGGUUUUGUCUUUAUUUAGAUCUGAAUCCUGUACAUAUUGUUUUAUUUUUUAGAGUUAUUGUGUCUCGUCUCCCCUCACUGUACAUUUUUUACGACAUUGACACGAUAAAGAUAUGAAUCUACACAAGUCGGCCAGCGUGGUGGAAAGCGCAACGCCUGGACUUCGAGUAUUAUUAUAGAAGAUGUAUUUUUACCAGGUUUUUUAAACCCUCAUGAAUAGAAAUAUUCUCUCUGCUUCAUGUGACAUGACAAAAUACAAAAAGCAGCACAUCGCUGGUGCGUCAGCACUUUGUUAACCAGCUCACAACUGGAAACCUGCUGCGUAAUCAUGGCCGUCGUUAAAGAGACUGGCACCACUUUAGCUAAAGCACAAGAUGUAGUUAUGUUCAUAUCACUUUCAUUUCUCUUUCAUUCUUUCAUUGAUAACAUGCUCCCAGGGUUUUGUCUUUUUUAUUUCUAAAGCGAAGCACAAUUUACCCAUCCACCAAAUGGCUAUUUAGGCUUUAAAUCUAAAAUAAGACAUUUCAAUUGACUACAAUUCAUUUUCAUUUUACCUGCAUUUUGCUUUAUUGUUUACUUUUCUUUUAUCUGGAGUAUCAGUUGAUGUUGAGGCUUCUGGCAACAUUAAAUUGCGUGGGCGUACAAAGAAAAACACUUUUUUUUAAAAAAAAUACUGCUUUUUUAUGUUCCUCGUUUUCUUUAGAUAUACGGAUUUUAGAUUUUUCAUUCCAGAUUCUCAUGUCUUUCUAACUGCCCACUUCAAAGCCUGACAUUCCACUGUAAAUAAUGUACCUUGGAAACUAUAGCUGGGUUUACUGUGUGUAGGGGGAACAGAAAUGGCGGAGUUUCAAGUCUGGACGUUGAGCGGAAACUGAACUAGAAAACAAAUUAAACCGCUCUGGCGGCUGGAGAUGUAUAGCUUAUUGCCAUAAAUCUACUUUGACAUUGACUUGGGUAGAUAGGUUUUGAUAUGUUAAUGGGGUGUGUAUAGAGAUGUGGGGCUGAUGCAUUACAAUGAAUUUGUACAUAACUGCAACAAACAAACAUACAAACAAACAAAAAAAAAAGCAUAAAGAAAGAUCUUGUCUUCAUGCAGCCGUGUGAAUGUAUGUCUGCUGAGGUCGGUAAUGAUAUGAAAAAAAUAUAUAUAUUGUUCACAUGUGUUGACCCAGUGAAGUAAACUGUAUUUGCUUUAAAACAUUAAAUGAUUUCAAUGUU